AUGGCCAUAGCCAUAGAGCACAGUAAUCUACAUAAAAGGAUUGCAUUAAAAACACUUCUAAUCAUAGGAACCAGUGUUAAUCGAAUAAUGUUUGGCAUAAUGUUGGUGACAAUGUUCCUAUCCAUGUGGAUCAGCAAUACGGCCACCACCGCAAUGAUGGUGCCGAUUGUGGAGGCGAUGCUUAAAGAACUGGAUGAAUCGCCUGAAGCACAGCAAAAGCAAUCAGAUAGUGACAAACAAAAAAGGGCUACAAUAAGGAAAGCCUUAUUGCUUUCCAUCUCAUACUCGGCUAAUGUUGGCGGAACGGGAACUCUGACGGGAACGGGUACUAAUCUCGUGCUCCAGGGCAUUUUUGAAGAAUUUAAGGAGGCAGCCGUAACCAUUCUGUUUGUACUACUGGUGCUCUUGUGGUUCUUCCGUCAGCCGGAAAUAAUCACGGGUUGGGCCGAUGCCAUCGAUGGUAGUAAAGGCACUAUAAAGGACGCGACGCCGGCUAUCCUAAUAUCCGUUUUAUUCUUCAUAAUACCGGCAAAUCUGUCGCAAUUCUAUGAGGAAAGGGAGGGCAAGAAGUUCGAGACACUACUCGACUGGAAGACAGUGCACCAGAAGAUGCCGUGGGGUGUGAUCAUCCUGUUGGGCGGCGGCUUCGCUAUGGCGGAGGGCAUUGAACAAUCAGGCCUUUCCGAGUGGUUUGGCGAACAACUGUCCAGUUUUAGUCACAUCUCUCCGCGUGGAGCUAUGGUUGCGCUGACAGUGAUUGCGGCCCUCAUAACAGAAGUGGCCAGUAAUGUCGCCUGUGCUACAGUCAUACUACCCGUUGUCAACACUUUGGCACUUAAUAUGGGAGUGAAUCCACUGUUGCUGAUGAUGCCGGUGACCAUUGGAAUUUCGUUCGCAUUCAUGUUCCCCGUGGCGACUCCGCCGAACGCCAUCGUAUUCGAGGCCUUAGGGAUCAAGACGUUUGAAAUGAUAAAACCCGGAUUAGUAAUGAAUCUGCUUUGCAUUGGAAUCGAAUUGGCGCUAAUCAACAGUUGGGGGCAAUUAUUGUUUGACUUAAAUCAUGUGCCCGAUUGGGUCACAAACAACUCUACAUCCACUUAAUCAUAUCAAAACACAUCAUCGCGAU